AUGGAUAGGUGUGUUGUUCGUAAGAAGGAAGAAUUCGCCAAGCCACCUGAAACCAACUGCCUACCAGUUGCUGCAUUUGUAACUUCUUAUGCGCGCCUACAUUUAUAUCGAUACAUGGAAGAAGUUCAAAGGGUUGGUGGGCGCUUACUCUACUGCGAUACUGACUCUCUCAUAUACGUCGCAAAACUUUGUGGAGAACGCGUGGCUGAGGGAGAGGCUCUAGGCCAAAUGAAACGUGAACAUCCAGAAAGACGAAUAAUUGAGUUUCUAGCUGGAGGGCCAAAGAAUUAUGGGUACCGACAUGUUGAUGCUUCAACUGGCAAUGAUGAACGGGCAGAGCUAAAGAUCCGCUCUUUUCCACUAUCGUAUGCUACACAUCAAAUGCUUAACUUCCAGUCAAUGAAAGAACUCGUACUUGGGCAAUUUAAUAUUGAUGGAGAAAUAUGA